AUGGCGGCGACCGGAAGUCGACAGUGGGGCGUGACUCCCCCAAUCUCAACUGUCCUACCGACACAGGAUGAGUUGGCUGCGAAUGACGAUCUCAUCGUGGAGCUGAAGGCGCAGAAUAACUUCGAGCCACCUUCGGACUCCGAGCGGAGAAUCCAAAUGCUCCAACUACUUCAGCGGGUCGCCCUAGAAUUCGUCAAGACUGUUUCUCGGAAGAAGGGACUGUCGCCUGCAGCCGUCGAAGCUUCCGGAGGCAAGAUCUUUACCUUCGGAGGUUACCGACUAGGUGUCUAUGGCCCUGGAUCCGAUAUCGAUACACUUAUCGUCGGCCCGAAGCAUGUAUGCAGCGAGGACUUUUUCGCCGACUUCCCUCCUCUCUUACAACAGAUGGCACCCGAAGGCGUGGUGGAGAAGAUGACUCCAGUUCCGGAUGCCUUUGUCCCAAUCAUCAAGAUGGAGCUUGCCGGAGUCAGCAUCGAUUUGUUGUUUGCUCGUCUUGUGAUUCCUUCAGUGCCGAUGAACCUCGAUCUCAAGAACAAUGAUUACUUGCGAGGCUUGGAUGAAAAGGAGGUUCGAUCGCUGAAUGGAACUCGUGUUGCGGACGAAAUUCUGGAGCUUGUUCCUCAGCAAAAGACCUUCCGCAUUGCCUUGCGUGCAAUCAAACUGUGGGCCCAGCGUCGAGCUAUCUAUGCUAAUAUUGUCGGAUUCCCUGGAGGUAUCGCUUGGGCCAUGCUGGUAGCAAGAGUUUGCCAACUCUACCCGGCCGCCUCGGGGUCAGUCAUCGUGGGCAAGUUCUUCAGAAUUAUGAACAAAUGGGCAUGGCCUCAGCCUGUUCUUUUGAAGCAGAUUGAAGAAGGCCCUCUCCAGAUGAAAGUCUGGAACCCUAAGAUCUACCACGGCGAUAAAUUCCAUCUCAUGCCCAUCAUCACUCCUGCCUAUCCUUCCAUGUGUGCAACUCACAACAUUUCCAUGUCAACCAAGACUGUGAUUCUUCGGGAACUCCAGAGAGGUGGAGAUGUUGUGGACAAGAUCUUCACGAAGCAACUGUCAUGGAGUGAUCUCUUUACCCGCCAUACCUUCUUCACCCAGGACUACAAGUACUAUCUCAGUAUCACGGCUUCAAGCAAGACCAAGGAAGAUGAAGCCGUUUGGUCCGGACUUGUAGAAUCAAAACUGCGCCACCUUGUGGGCGCGCUUGACCGCAAGGCUAUCAUUGCAGUAGCACACCCGUUCCCGAAGGGCUUUGAAAGAAUUCAUAUGAUCACCAAUGCUGAAGAGAUGGAGGCGGUCAAGAACGGAUCAACAAAGUAUCAGGCCAAGGGGACUACGACGGAGACAACCGACGAGACGAAGGACCCGGCUCACGAAGCUGCGGCGCAAAACGGAAUGGAGAACGCAACUGUUGCGCCACCAACAGAGCAGACUGAGCAACCCGAGCAGAAACUCGAGGGUGGCAGUCACACCGUCUACACCACUACCUAUUACAUCGGGUUGGAGUUGAAGCCGUUGGAGCCAGGUACCUCGCGGUCUCUGGAUAUCUCUACGGACUCCCAAAUAUUCAAGUCAACGUGCACAUCCUGGACAGGUUAUAUUCCCGAGAUCCAUGACCUGGCUGUCACUCACGUUCGCAACUUUGACCUGCCCGACGACGUCUUCCAACCCGGCGAAACACGGCCUUCCCGACCAAAGAAGAAGGUGAUCAGAAAGACUGAAUCGACCCGUCAGAAACGCAGACUUGGCGAGAUGCACGACUCUUCGCUGGAUGCCUCCCAAGGAGCCGCUAAGCGCCAGGUCACACCGAACACCAUGUCCAACACUGCAACGCCUGCUUAA